GGCAUUCCGAACGGAAAGCUCGCCGCGAACGCACGUAAAACCGAGCAGCGGAGAAAAAUAAGAGAAAUAAUAAUACGUCUAUAAGAGGGCCCGCAGAACAAGCCAAACGAGCGCUUAAUCAUCCAAAGUACCCGUGCGUGAGUGAUAAGGAGCUAAUUGAUAAAGGAAGUGACGGUGCCCGCAUAUCUAAAUUCGCAAUAUGGCCCUGCGGAAAAGUUUGGUCUUCAGCUGCGCGCUUCUGUUGGUUUUGCUGCUGGCGGAGUCCCAAGCCAAGCCCUCGCAGGAUUUGAACAAGCCGCAGCCGGAGGAACUAAGUGAUCUGAGGGCAGGAGCUGCUGCAGCAGGAGGAGUGGGAGAGGUGGCCAGAAAUAAGACAGCUGUCGUGGAGGAUACUCCCUACGAAUCCGACUCAGAGGCGGAAUCGGAGGAGCAGCAGAGGCGGUCGUAUCCUCACCGCGACGAGGACCAGCUAAACUCGGCCACCAACUUGGUUUUGGCACAGAACUACAAGUACGACGUGGAGAUCCUGGAAUCCGGGGAUGCAGACCAAGACGACAGUAGCAUGGACGACGUGGACGAUCUAGAAGAGCGCUUCAAGGGUCGCGGUGUGGUGUUCAGCACGGACACCGAGACCUUCGCUUCCGAGAACAUCGAGAUGAGCCCGGUGGACGUGCAAGCGAAUGCGGUUAGCCAGGGACACGUGCUGCUCGGCAUCGUGGUGGUGGCACUGGCCUUGGUCUCCAUUUGCCUGUACGCCGGCCUAGUCAUAUGGCGCUCGCACCUGGAGCAGCGGUAUGGAAUGCGCGAACGGCUGGUCAACCGGGACUUGGAGGAGGAAGCGGGUGGUGCCGACGACGUCGAUUAUCAUGUCUAUGCCCCGACCACGACGCCAGCUACGCCUAGGGCGUAGUCCGCUCGAAAUCUGGUCCGAUUUGAUCCGAUCUGGUGGGCUUCAAUUGGACCUGUUCUCGGUUUAAAGUGCACAAUCACCACUCAAUUCAGUUCAGACGAGACGAGUCGAGACGAGACGACAAUUCAUCGCAGCCACAUCGAGGAUGGAGGAUGGAGAGAGGGCGCUCAAUCGUCUAAUGAAUGCCAUAAAUUUCCACGACAAGCUGAAAAGCAUUCCGCUUCCCAAUUACACUAUAAAGGCGUUGCUAAAGGUCACGCCGAUAUCUAACAGCGCAGUUGACAAGCCCAAUUAGUUAGUAAGUUUCUGUGAUAUUGUUCUAGAGAUUCUUUUGUACGUCCUUGCACUAACAAUAUGCAUAGAACCCGCGUCGGUAAUCGAUAAUAAAAACUACUUGUAUAUGUAA